UCCCCUGCACGUGAACGCAUCAAAGUCAGCAGCGUCUCAGGUUCUCGCAUCAAACGGGUUCAGAUGAAGUGCGCAUGCGCAGGGGUAAGCUCUGUCGGAAGCCAAGUCGGGCUUAACGAAAGGUUGCACAUCAGAAACCGAUCAUCAAAGAGUCAUGUCAGGGUUUCUGGACGGAAUCCGCUGCGGAGACUGCGAGUGCAAUGUGGACUGGGGGGAGAGGAGAAACACCAUCGCAUCUAUUGCUGCCGGAGUUCUGUUCUUCACAGGUUGGUGGAUCAUCAUAGAUGCAGCAGUGAAAUACCCGCUUGAAGACGAGUUCCAUAAAGCCUAUCACACGUGUGGAGUCAUAGCGACAGUGGCUUUCCUCAUGAUAAAUGCUGUUUCAAAUGGCCAGGUGAGAGGAGACAGCUACAGUGAAGGCUGCAUGGGACAGACAGGCGCCCGAGUGUGGCUCUUUAUUGGCUUCAUGCUGGCUUUUGGGUCUCUCAUCGCCUCCAUGUGGAUUCUCUUCGGUGGAUUCGUAGUGCCUCACAAGCCUGUCGUCUACCCUGGUAUUGCCAUUUUCUUCCAAAAUGCUUUCAUUUUCUUUGGGGGACUGGUCUUCAAGUUUGGACGCACAGAGGACCUCUGGCAGUAAUGGACUGUCUGUCUUUUAUGUCCACCGUUAUACACUCUACUUUCUGUAUUGUAUGAAAUAACAUGCUUCAGCUGUUAGUCACCUUAUAUAUACACCUGUUUUUUGUUUUGUUUUUUUAGCUUUCAACAUGGGGGUUUAAUUUAAAUUCUUUGCUGUAUAAUAGUUAAAUCAUAAAAAGCACACAUUUUCAUAGACCAAAAUUGGAUAUUUCCAAAUGUGGCACAUCUUUAAAUGUGUCCAAUUGCACUCACAUUAUGUAGCCAUGUUGUGAAAAUGGUUUAAAACUUGUGCAUAACUACCAUAAAUGUGUAUAUUGGGAGCUUUGUUGCUAAUUUUCCUUUGAUAAACAUACGUACUUCCACAUAUUCACAUCUUUGAAUUUAAACUGCUGGUUGAACAUUAAUUCUUUAUAAGUUUAAGUUUAUAAGAGUACACAAUACUAAGGAAAACAUUUCAUAACAAUAUACAUGUUUACUGAAUGUAAUCAUAUGAGGUUUUUUUCCUGUAGUAACACCAGAUCAACUGUAAAGCUUUGCAGUAAAACAGAUUCAUUGUUGAAUUUAAAAAGCUCAUUAAAAGCCGAUUAGAAGACAACAAACGUUUCUUAACAUUUGGGUGUUGUUACCUAAGUGAUUUGUAUUUAAUUACAACACCUAACCAUUUUUUCUGCUGUAAUUUCCAAAACAUCAAGGCCGUCUCUGACCUUGGGUUUUUUUCAGCAUACUGAGCAGUAAAUGAGUCUUGACAUUCCUCUUUCCACA